UCCUUGACCGCGGCGGAUGCCGACGGGGGGUCUGGAACGGUGCUUCUCAUGCCGACGCCGUGGUUACCUGGUCCUUCCAACCAGGAGGGGGCCCUGUCUCGUUUGGAGAAGUUUAUGGACACCAGUGUGAUCCGACCGCUCAAGGCGAAAUCAGGUUCACCGGAAUUGCUCGAGUCGCCAAACUCGAUGGAGGCGGAACAGUCGCCCAUGCAGCCCUUGGUGCAGCAGUAUCCCGUAGAGGCUCGGAGCGUCUCGGGAAGUCUGCCGCAAGGGGAGGGCACUGCAGCCGGCAGCGAAGCCAAAAGUGACCAUGAGUCUGAGUCAGACAUGGAGAUUCAGACGGUCUUCUUAGGUAGCGACGCCUCGAAGGCGCAGGACAAAGCUCCGCUCGGACAUGGAUUGCCAAAGAGCUCAAUCCAGGAUGAUCGACAACAUUUACACAACAGGACCGCCGAGGCCACGGAGGAAACCUCCAGCGCCAGCUUCAACGGCAACGGCGGGAACGGCGGCUUCAAUGCCACGUCCUGGGUGUCGCAGGUGGUAUCCCAAGACAGUAGUAGCUCCUUUGCAUCGCAGAAUUUGAAAUACAUGAAGGCUUUGAAUGAUCCUUACGUCAAAGCUUUGGCGGCGCACCGCCGCGAGUUGAACGCCUCGCGGAUCGAUCUGGAGCGGGAGUACGUGGACACCAUGGCCUCAAAGCUCUCCACCCAACGCUCGGGUGCUUUGGCGACGCUGAAUGUGCGCGAUGGGUCACGGGGGCGCCUGGGGCCAAGCGUUUGGACCUCAGUGAGGAUGUCUUGA